GGUUAUGUGACUGUGUCAGUUGUUAUGUUUUUGUUUACAUCAGUGAGGGUGUAUGUGAUAAAUGAGGCUUAAAAUAAUUUUGGGAUAAAAUAAUAAGUUUUAUCUAAAAUAUUAUUAUGAACAAUGACGCUGUUCAUACAAAUAAACAGUCCGUCUUUCUGGCUAAUAAAUAGCCUAGCUGCUUAUUCUGUAAUUUCAAAAUUAAUCUUCGAUCACAUUUACCUUACCUCAAAAAUGGUAGUGGAUGAAGAAUUUCAUAUUCCCUUGGGAAAAGCGUACUGCAAUUUCAAUUUCAGUGUGUGGGACCCUAAAGUUACUACUCUACCAGGUUUAUAUUUAGCAAGUUCUCUUCUACUUGGGCCAUUUGGCUUGUGCCAGCCGUACUAUUUGAGAUUUGUAUCAUUACUUGCAUCUUUCAUCAACUUACCAUUAUUUUAUAUCCUGUUUUCUAAAUACUGCCCUGAGGUAAGAAAUGAAAAGACAUAUUUUUGACAAAACAAGUUUCAAUUUUAAUAAAGUUAUUUUACAUUGGAUAAAACAUCUAAUUUUAGAGCAAGUGGUCAAAUAUAUGUUCAUCCUUCACAUUGGCCUUACUUCCACCCUUGUAUUUUUGUAGCCAUCUCUAUUAUACCGAUGUUGUAUCUCUGACAAUGGUUUUGCUUACUUUUGUCAUGUAUGAGAUGGAUUGCCACUUUUGUGCUUCUAUUUUUGGUGAGUUUGUGUAUUCAGCAUCUGCUAUGAAGCUACAAUCAUAUAUUGAAAUACCUUCAAGGCUAAUUGUUGACCACUACACAGCACAUUCAAGAAAUGGCGUUUUUGUCACUUCUCAGAAAACUACCCCAGAACUCCUUCAAAAUCAGGGUUUAUACAUAUUUUAAUUUUUUACAACUGUAUUUGAUAUUCCCAUUUUUUGUUUAUUUUGAUCACAUAAUGCUUUACAAUUUUUAUUUCAGGAUCUCUAGCAGUUGUAUGUAGGCAAACUAAUAUAAUAUGGGUAGUUUUUGUAGCAGGCCAGUUUUUACUGAAAGCUAUGUAUGCUACAUUUGCACCAAAACAAACCAAAACUUCUGGAGGAAUUAACAUGAGUUUUCAGGAAAUCGUCGAUUUACUAAAGGAACUGAUGAAAAAUCCGAUAAAACAUGCCAUCAAUACUUACUUGCGAUUUUGGAAGGGCAUAACAUCGUAUCUUGCCGUUGGGGUAGCCUUCCUCACAUUUUUGGCUAUCAAUGGUAGCAUAGUUGUGGGUGAUAAAUCAGCUCAUGAAGCUACCAUACACUUACCACAGUUGUUCUAUUUUUCCAUAUUUUGUUUAGUAUUUCUGUGGCCUUAUUUUGUAAGUCAGUCAUUAGAUUUCCUUAACUUUAUAAAGACCCACAAGCUCGUAAUCUUGCUAUUUUUGAUAUUAGGCUUGCUGAUUGUACAUUAUAAUACUCUAGUCCAUCCAUAUAUGUUGGCUGACAAUAGGCAUUACGUUUUUUAUAUUUGGAAUAGAUUUUAUGGUAAAUAUGCGUAUUUCAAGUAUUUUAUGGUUCCAGUAUACAUCUUUUCUCUGUAUAUAGUAAUUAAAACAAUUUAUAGUAGUGGAGAUGCAAGUUAUCUGAUGAUGUAUAUACUUUGCGUAUUUAUUGUGCUUGUCACUCAAAAAUUGAUUGAAGUUAGGUAUUAUUUCAUUCCUUAUAUUCUUUUGAGACUGAAAACUGGAAACAGGAUUCCGUUAGCGAAAUUCUGUCUCAUAUUAGAGUUUCUGACAUCGCUUUUUGUAAAUAUAGCGACGCUGAAGUUGUUUUUUACUAAAACAAUCAUGUGGAGUGAUUAUGCUGAUCCACAAAGACUAAUUUGGUAGGGUUCAGUUGCCUGUGAUAUUUGUUAUGUUAGUAGUUGAUUCCAAUAAACAAAUUAAGAACA